CCCGUCGACAUGCCCAAGCAGGCCCAUUCCGCCACCCAAAUCUUUCCCACCCCAAACCCUAGGUUCCCAAUGGUGCGGCUCGCACCCAGCCCCCCAACCCGCACCACCGCCACCGACCCCGACGCCGACCACCCCUCUCCGCCGUCUCGUCUCCUCUCCAAGCAUCGCCCGCGCCGCCGUGCCGCGCCCCCGCGCCCGACCUUGCCGCCCCCUGCGCCCACGCGCGGCCAGCCCGACCUCAACCGCUGCAGCUGCUGCUUGGUCCGCCUCCCGCCGCCGCCACCGGGCGCCAAGCGCCACCCAAUCCGUCCUCUCCGCUCCCUCUGGCGCAUCGUCCUCCUCUGCUCCGAAUGCCUCUCCCUGCUUCGCGCCGCCGCCGUCUGCUCCUACUGCCUCUCCCUCGACAACCUCCCGUCCGAGGACUCCGCCGUCACGUGCCGCAGCUGCAGCCGCUGCGUCCACCACCACUGCAUCCUUGCCGAGCACCGUAUGGCCCUGGUCCAGCCUAUCGAUUUGGAAGAUUUCGUCUGCGUCGAUUGCUGCCCGACGGUGAAGCCCGGUAGAAGGAAUGUGGACGCCACAUCCGCUCCUAAGCUGGAGCUGGCCAUCAGGGAGCCCCAUUCUGCAGUGAGGGGGAAGCGAGAGGCUCUCACUUCCGCUAAGUUGAAUUCCCCCAAGAAGGCUGUGCCAGUUUCCAAGUGCUCCAAGGAGGUGAGGGCCCUUAUUGCUAUAGGUGGGGAGUCACAGAGCAACGGUGAUCCGGACCUGCCGGACGAGAAGUUGGCGUUGCAGCUGCAUCUGGCGAUGAACGGGUCGCAGAGGAUUUCACGUUCCGGUAGCGCAUCGGGGAUUGUCUCCGCUGGGCAGGCCAAAGUGAAGAAAGGAUUGGUUUCUGGGAGGAAGGUUAAUGAGGAUCUGGGCCUUUGUGUCACCAAUAUGAUGGAUCAUCUGGACUAUGGUGAGAAUGUAGCAGAGAUGCAAAGCAACUGGAGUGCAAAACAUGUUAUGGGGUUUGAUCCCUCAGUCACAGUGGUUCUUGCACUGGAGUAUACAGGUAAAUACGCUGAGGACUGUAUGGGAGGUAAAAGGAAAGGUCCUCCUGGGACUAAUCAGCAUGAUGGGUUGGUGGAUCGGUAUCAGAUGAAGUACACGAGGAAGUCAAGUAAGCAGGCGAAUGCCGAAAGCACUGGAAACAGGACCAUGCCCAAUGGAAAUGUUAGUGACAGUGGUAAGGGCAAAACUCCCAUGACAUAGACUGCAUCUUCCUUUUGGAGCAGGUGAUUUUUGAUAGCUGUAGUUUGCAACCGGCAAGUAGAGGAUUUGAAGCUAGCAACUUGUUGGUGGACGUGAUGGCGACUGCAAGCAAAGUUAUAGGUAUGUUCUGACAAAUGAGAUGCUUCAUGAAGGAAUCAGUAGUAGCAGUACUUCAUACCAGCUACAUGCAAUCAACAAGCAACAACAUAUUAAAAUUGUACUAGCUGGUUGUUACUGCUUAAUGGUUCAGCAACAUUAAUUGAAGACGGUGGUGAGGCAUGUGUGGAUUUUGGGUUGAACUUUUUGGUGGCUGUGUAUUAGCAACUACUCCGUACAAACUUAUAGAAUGUUUUCGCAAACGAGGUGCUUCAUGAAGGAACAACAAGUAGCGCUCCAUUGCAUUCAACAACCAAUCACAUAUUAAAUUGUUGUCACUUGUUUUUCUGUUGAACAACCUUAAUUAUUAAGAUACUGGUGGCAUGUGUGGAAUUGUGGGUUCAGAUAAGUUUUGUAAGCAUCGGAGUUCUGCUGGCAUGAGAUUAUGCUGAUUUAGUUGACAUUGAAUUUAGCGAAUAAUAAUAAUUUUUAGUUCCAUGUCAGACUUGUGCUAGUUUGCAAUAUAUUAUUUUCUUCAGUUCUUAAAUUUCAACCUUUGGUAUACCUGAAAGGUAGAUACAUGAUUACAUAACCUGUGAUGACAUGUUGUUAAGUGCUAAGUAUUGACUAGAGAUGAGGUGUAGAAGCACUCAUUUAUAAUUAAUCAUAGUAAAUUCGGUUUUCCCCUAAUUACUGUUUAUAAUCAACAUGAAUAACAAACACUUUGUCAUGAAUAGCUUUCAGUUUAUUUUCAUCAAUUAACUAUGCCAACUCGCUUUCAAAUCACUAUUAUUGCUACUAGAAUACUAGAUAGCUACAAAAUGUGUUUUGUGUGUAUAUUUUAGUCUUUACCUUGUGAACGUGUCUAGUCCAUGAACCUCUUUCUGUAUCGUGUUUUUUAGCUUUUGCAGUUUGCUGUUACCAAACUAUAUUUAAUAAUUCAGGAGAUCAUUACAUUCUUUUCAUGAUAGAGCAACAGCUGGAGGGAAGUAUUUCCUCGUUUCAUUAUGGAUUAUUUAUGUUGGAAUGUGGUGUCUAGUAUGAAAACAGAAAGAACUUUGUGGUAGGAAAAUAAAUUAACUAAUCUUAUGACUUGACAGGGCAUAGAAGUUAAGAACUCACGUUUCAUAAUUUAAAUUGAAACAUAAAAAUAUCUAACAAUCAUAUGUUAAUAUCACCAACAAAAGCUAGAGAUAAUGCGCAUAUAGUAUAAAGGAGGAAAAUAUCGUCAGAUGUAUUUUGUUAGAUUUUAUUCUCAUGAAAGCAACCAUAUGCUGCUGCAAUCCUUUUGCUUACAUGUUUACUGAAAAGUUGUCAUGGUUAGGUGAAUUCUGCUAGAGUUUUAAUACCUCUGUUUUCCAGACCCACAGUAAUUGAGUAAUGACAUGAAGAGUGUGUUUGGUUUUGACCCAAGCUCACCCCGCCAAAAUGCUGGCUAGCCAAUUUUUUUGUCAAGAUAUUGGUUUCCCAUGAUUUAGCAAAUGUUGGCAACAAAACUGAACUAGAGUGGGCAAAAAGACAAUGGCAUGCCAUAAUAUUGGCCACCAUUCAAACAGGGUCCAAAACUUUGGUCAUGACCCAAAUUUGUUAUUGCAUACAAACCAAACCUACCUGAAUUGCAAGGACACCCAUCAGCUGAUAAAAAGUUAUUUUGGUAGGUGAAUACUGCUUUGUUAAACCAACUAAAACAUCAUAUCACAUGCAUACGAGUACAGAUCAAAUUCUGUGCUGACCACGUUUUGAUUCAUUAGUAACCAUUGAUCCAUAAAUUGCACUGACCAAUUGAUUACUGACCCAUGCUGGAAUCAAGUUAAACAUGGACCAUGUUUAAAGACACCAAGCAAGAUGAGAGAUAUCUGUCACUUACAUUGCAUGUGGCGGACUAGUGGUAGCGUGCUGGUGGCUGGAGCCUAAAGCCUUAAGAGAAUGGAAGGAAGAGGGUGCAGAUGGGAAACGGAUUGACCGCAGGUUCCCGUUCCUGGACGUUGCCUGUUCCAUGCCGUGGCAGGAGAUAAUGAGGAUCGGACCGCCGAGUGCUGAACAGCCUGGAACAUGAGCAACGAUGGAUAAAAUGCCUUGGUGGUGGCCUUGUGGGGCUUUGGCUCAAAGGCAAAGGGAGACUAUUUCCAUAACCGUUGGUUCGCGCCUUCCCUCCCGCGCCUUCCACCCCUUCGCUGCCGUUGGAUUUGCCGGCCGUUUCGACGGCUGAUCUCUUCUGAGAGUCGGCACCGUCGUCGCGGCUGGCUCUCUCGUUGGCCUGUUCGCUGCCGCCGCUUCGCCAGCGCGUGCGUCCUAGAACGCGGCGUUAAAUCCGCCUCACCUCCGUGCACACAAGGUGUUCGACGACUUGUCAGGUAGGCGUGAUUGGCCGCUGUUCGUUGCCUCGUCUGCCACGGCGCAAUUUUAACCAUUAAUUUUGCUUCAAACAUGGAUAGCGACGACGAGAUGCUUGUGCGGCUGCUGGAGGACGAGCAAGCCUUCGACGACGACAUCCGGUAGCAUUUGCUGAUCAUCGCUGACGCCGAGGCGGAGAAGCGGAAGAGGCCGCGCCGCGGAGGAUCAAAGCCAGGGAGAAAGAAGUCGAAGCCGGCAGGAUGGAGGGGCAUACCAUGCUGCACAACGACUACUUCGCAGAUGAGGCAACACAUGCUGACAAUUUUCGGCACCGGUAUAGGAUGAGCAAGGGUUUGUUCAUGAAUAUCCUCCAUGGCGUUCAAGAGUUCGACCCCUACUUCAAGCUCAAGCACGACGUUGUAGGCGUUGCCGGGUUCUCGUCGAUCCAGAAGUGCACCGCCGCCAUGAGAAUGCUUGCAUACGGAGCACCUGCUGGACGACUACCUUCGCAUGAGUGAGUCUACUGCCAUUGAGUGCAUGUACAAGUUUUGCCGAGCUAUGGUGGGAAAAUUUGGCAAAUACUACUUGAGAGGGCCAACUGAAGAAGAGAGUGCAAGGAUCAUGGCAUAAAAUGCUGCGAGAGGAUUCCCUGUAAUGCUUGAAAGCAUCGAUUGCAACUGCCCGUUGGCAAGGUAUAUACAAAGGUCGUCAUGGAUAUUGCAGUGUGGUGCUUGAAGCUGUGGCAGAUUAUGACCUAUGGAUUUAGCAUUCUUCCUUUGGCAUGGCGGGAUCACACAAUGACAUCAACGUAUUGCAGCAGUCUUCGGUGUUCAGCAAACUAGUGGAAGGGCAUGCUCCACCAUGCAACUAUGAGAUCAAUGGCCACCAAUAUACCAAAGGCUAUUACCAAGCCGAUGGUAUAUAUCCAAAAUGGGCCACUUUUGUCAAAACAAUCUCGGCUCCAUCAGGUCACAAGAAUUGCCACUUUGCUUUGCGAUAGGAGGCUUGCAGGAAGGAUGUCGAGCGGGCAUUUGGUGUGCUUCAAGCUCAAUUUGCAAUUGUCCGGUACCCUGCUCUAAGCUGGUCUCGCGAUCAAAUAUGGGAGGUGAUGCAGGCUUGUGUGAUCAUGCACAACAUGAUCAUCGAGGAUGACCGCAAGAAUCAUGCCAGGACACAUGUUGGUCCCUAUGAGUUGAGGGCCCUCUUGCGGAGGUAGAUCAUGAGUUGCCUGCAGAUUUUGAUGAUUUCCUCGCCAUGCACGCAGAGAUCCGUGACAGCAAUAUUCACGAGCAACUUCAAAAUGAUCUCGUUGAGCAUAUGUGGAGGAUCAAAGGGUUAUCAGCAAAUGUCGCGCGGCACCUUGAUCUAGCCCCAUUUAUUACAUUUGUUUAGUUGUUUUACUGUUUGUUGUAUUUUAAUUUAAAAACAAUCUCGGCAAACAUAUUAAUUUGUAUGCUAUAUUUAAUAAAUGGUUGUGUUUUCGAAAACCCUAUAAAAAAAGUUUGGGGGCGGCGUUUGGGGGACGCGGCUGGAGAUGCUCUAACAUUCCCCACUCAGGACUUGUCGUUGUACAUGGGAUGGGAGAUAAUAUACUAUAUUGGUUAUUUUGGUGUUUUUAUUUGUGAAGACCGCAGCCAAGUUGACCAAAAUUUAGUACACCAAAUGCAUUUGCCCACAUCCAUGGCCUUGAACACCUCUCACUAAUACAGCUUGUCUUCCAUGGAGGGCGUAUGUCAACCUGUCCACACAUGACCACUGACCAGCCUUUUAAGAUAGAGAAGCCCUUGCAGGAUUUUUAUUCAUGUGUGCCCUUUUCCAGCAGUUGGCAGGUGUACCAUCCCUGCUGUAAUGAGGAUUGAGGAGGCCUUCCGGUAGUUGUGAAAUUGUCCCUGCUGUAAUGAGGACUGAGGAGGCCUCUUCCGGUAGUUGUGAAAUUGUACCAUCUUUUGAGUGAAGCCAUGGAGUAGCCAUAACCUGUCCAUAUUUUGCUUGGCUCGCCCAGCCUCUAAUACACCAUUAAAGGAAGAAGAGUGACAUGCACAAAUUCCACUCUUCUGCCGCUGCAGCACCUCCUCCGCUGCCACCUCUCCCUCCCCUUCACCGCCUUUCCUCCCCAACUGCCACCACCGAAGGUGAAACUAAGGUAAUAGGCCUUCGUCCUGGGCAAGCACUUAUGUAACCUUCUGAAACCUUGGCAAGGUCACAAGUGAUGGCAGACAACACGACAAGAACAAAAGUCAGCUGCACGAACGCUAUCCUGGCAAUGGCUGCAAUGGCUGCCAUUUGUAAGAUAUGACACCAAUGGCCGACUCCACAUCUCCGUCACUGCUCUGCUGCAUGUGGUGGUGCUACUCCCUCCUGGUUGAAGUUGUUGCUUGGUGGUGUCCCUCACUAGCAGCUGUCAGACCAGCUAAUCCAUGGUGUGCUGCCUCUCCUUCGGCCUUCCCCUUCCAACUGAUUAGCUUAUUGAAGCCUCCCUGGUGAAGCCUACCAUCUAUGUUUUGAAAUUGGUGUUGCCGAUGGGCACGCAGUGCAGAAUGCUCAUGCCUGCACCCUGUGGACUAUUUCCUUGGUGUUUGGCAGAUCCACUGCAGGUAAACCCUAAACCAAUGAGUGAACUUUGUUACAUUUCAGCCCCCCUUCUCGCUGAAGGGUUGAGAGCAGCAGCAGCCAUUGUAGGAAAAGUUGCCAUAUCUACCUCCCCCCCCCCCCCCCCUAGUUGGGAUGAAGACACCGUUCUCUUAGUGAUGCUCCAAAUUAAUAAGUCGUGGUCGCAGCGCACUCUGCUUCUGAGUUGUUGACCUAUGGAUUGCUAACAAUGGCCUACAUGCCUCUCUUUCGUCAUCUUUAAAUGCUGUGAGUGCUUGUCGUGGCGGGAUCUUUUUUGAUAGUCAACAAUUCCAUACUCAGUAGGGUGGUUCAUGUGGGCUUCAUCUUUUCCAAGGCAUCAACAUCGCUUUUCUCACGUUUCAUCACUCAGGUUCUGCAUUUAUAUUGGAGCAAUGGCAUGCCAUGAUACAAGAUGGUAUGUAAUAGGGUUUUGGGAGAAGGGAGGGUUCUCUCCCUGCAAGGCACGUAGAGGGAGAACGCCAACUUUUUUUUUUGCUUAAUCAUAAACAGUAGUCGCUAGUUUUCUUUUUAUGUGUGGGAUGACUCUUGAUUUGAUCCACAAGUUGCUUAGAUGUAUCCAAAUUCAGACUCUUGAUCCCAAUCUUAACUAAUCCUCAUCUUUAAUACUGCAAUCCUUACUAUCCUACUUUAAGGAAAUACUCCCUCCCAAAAUAUAUUGUCUAUAAUUUUUGAUCGAAGGCAAACUUUAGUUGGACCAAGCAUAUAGAAAAACUAUCAAUAUCUAAAAUAUCAAACAAUGUUAUUAAAAUCAUUAUGAAAUAUCUUUUCAUAUUCUAUGCAUUUGGUAUUGUAGAUAUUGAUAUAUUUUUCAUUUGUUUGGUCAAACUUUGUAAAGUUUGACUUUGACCAAAAGGCAAUGUAUUUUGGGAGGGAGUAUAAGCUGUCCAUGUUCAGUAAUGUCUCAUGGGCGUUGGCCAAAACCAACGACAGGGACGGUGUGCUUUGCUUUUGGAUACCCAUAAUUGAGCAAUAACUAGUAAAAAUGGUGAUGUGCACAAUAUACUUGUUUCUCAUGAAAUUUAGCACCUGAACUCACUAAGUGCACAAAUUAAUAGGUAGGAAUCCCGUUAGUUAGGAAAGUUGUAUUAAAUAAGAUUGUAUCUUUUAUAUGAGUAUGCUAUAUCAAAUUCUCUACCUCUGCCAUUUUGAGCACCGACACGUCGGCCCCACUGGGCGCCAAGUCCUUGAUUCCAUGCUGGCAUAUCCUGAACGGACUAUUCAACUAUAAACCCUAAAAAGAUACACUUCCGCUUCCUCCUAUUCAGCUUGCUGCCAUGCCCUCCUCCUGCAGCUCAGCUCACUAACACCAUCUCCUGACUCUUCACCGAAAUCCAGAUGGACAGAAAGUUGGGGUCGAGGAAAGAGCCGCCACGACACCCAUGUGUUUUGUCAAGCAAAUCCGAAGGUUCUGGGCAGUGCAUAGUGAGAAGAUGUGGGUUGUGAUUGUUGACUUAGAAAUUUUCUUGUCCGCGUUUGAGGAAAUUUUGACGCAUUUGGCUAAGAUCAUCAUGACACACAUAUCUGGGUCUGGGGAAUUUGGAAACUAUGAUUCUUACGAGCAGCACCGCUUUGAUGUUGUAUCCUUCAGGUUCAGAAGCCUACACGAGGUUAAUACAGAAGGCUGAGAACUGCAAGAGGUUAAUUGAAAUGUGUAUCCGCCUUUUGCGAACAAGAUAACUGGUAUCAAGUAUAUGAAGGCUGAAAUUCAAAUUAUCCUUGUCAUAGCGAAGGCUAUCCAGAUAUCAUAUUAAAGCAUGAAUGUAUGGUUGUUUACACUAAUCUUCAUACAUAGCACGAGUGCGAACACGCGGAAAGUUAUUUACGCUGAUCUUGUUUUAUGGUUCUGUUUCUGAUACCAGACGUAACCUCAGUUUGUACUUUCUAAUUUCUAACUGGAGGAUGUUGGGAAUAUUAGCAAUCCUGAUAUUACAAUCCAUGGCUCCUCAUGGUAACCUUGUGCACCAUC